AUGGCAUCAACCAUGCCUUUUUCCGUUGCUGGAAAAACCGCCAUCAUAACUGGCGCCGGCUCUGGUAUCAAUCUUGCCUUUGCGGAGCUUCUCCUCUCUCGCAACUGCAACGUCGUCUUUGCUGAUCUGGAACUGCGGCCAGAGGCAGAGAAUGUUGUUUCAAAAUACCAGAGCGAAGACGGAGGUCGGGCGGCAUAUGUUCGGACAGACGUAACCUCGUGGUCUGAUCUCUCCAAAAUGUUCGAUUUUGCCCUCGAAACCUUUGGGGACUUUGACAUUGUUUGUCCAGGAGCCGGCGUAUACGAGCCCAACUGGUCCAACUUCUGGCAUCCUCCCGGGUCGAGCCAAAGUAGAGACGCGGUUGACAAAGACCACUAUGCGCUGCUCGACAUCAAUCUGACGCAUCCCAUUCGCGCAACCCAGAUGGCCAUAUCCCACUGGCUGUAUCCUCGUCCUCCGGCGGAAGGUUCCAAGUUCGACAAGGCUCCUCCCAAAGUGUCUCUCGACAAUCCUAAGAGAGUGAUUCACAUCACUUCAGUAGCCGCCCAGGUCCCUACCUUUAGAGCGCCCCUCUACGGAGCAUCCAAAUUCGGCCUCCAAGGCUUCAUCCGCUGCCUCACGCAGCUGGAACCUCGAAUCGGCGUGCGAAUUAACGGGGUCGCGCCUGGAAUAGUCCGCACUCCUCUGUGGACGGAGCAUCCAGAAAAGCUGAUGAACGUUAAUGAUGCCCAGGACGCGUGGGUCACUCCUCAAGAGGUAGCUCAAGCAAUGCUGCAGUGCGUUGAGGAUAAUGAGAAUAUUGGGGGGACGAUUCUGGAGGUUGGCGCUGGAAAUACUAGGAGAGUAAAGGUUUUCAACGACGAAGGCCCCGAUCGAGAUCCCGCAAAGGGCCUGAUUACCAGCAACAAUGACCUUGGCGAUGGAGAAGUGGUUGAGUGGCUGCAGCAAGGGGCCAUCUGGGGACCUCAAGCAUAG